GGUCAACGUUGCCGCCUGGUGCCAAAACAAUUGCGUCCCGCAUGUCUAGGUGGAGCGACCGGUAGUUGGAAAAAUCCCCGAACUCACAUUUCCCACUCCCGGUCAGCCGGAAACUUGUUUGGUUCAUCGGUACGUCAAGUUUCACAUGCGCUACCAGCGUACGACUUCAGAAACGACUUGCGAAGUAAUGAAGGAACUGAAGACAAGCGUUUGGGGGACAUACCUAGCUCGGCGUUACAUACACUAUGGCAGAGCAAUGCCGUAGCGCAACUGGCUCGAGUGCUCCUACCGUUUGCAUCGUUGCUCGGUCCAAGCUCCGUGGUGACAGACACCUCUUUCCAAGCGUGAUUUAGGGAUGUUUCUAAUGGUCGUUCGAGGCCGAGAUCGGUGUGCGGGAAGUGCGAAUGGCCUCAGGAAUCUAUUUUGUUCGGAAACUUGGUAGAGGAAACAGCGGUAGUCCUGAUGCUUGCGUCUUCUACGAGCAUUGCCGGCAAUCGCUCGGAAUUAAUGCACUUCCGGGUCGGACAAUUAUCUGAACUCUCGAAACAGCUUCAGGCAACGAGAUACUUGUGGACAAAUCUUGCUUUUGGCCCGGUGUGCGCCAGAUAAACACUCCCAACACUCCUCAAGAAGCCGUGCUUCGGCCCAUCGAGCACGAUACAGGUGCCGAGCCGAACGCAGAACCCUUGCUGUCGAUAGAUCCUUCUGUGGUUCUAGCUCACGGGGACAUUCGAGCUAUUCUUGACCACUGCAGGCCCGGUUGUGCUCAUUUUCGUGACAAAUGCACAAAUUUGGGCGCAUAUUCAUGCAAUAUCCAUGCAGAAUAAGGAUCUGGCAAAUGGCCAGAAGCUCCUCGAUUCCAUCCAUUGGUCAAGACAGAGCGUUGUUUCUCGUGCGCCGGUUGCUUGCAACUCGGGGAGUCCAGUCUAGGUUGUUUCUUUGAUCCGUUCACUAUAAUGAGAGAAUGGGCGGAGCGCAGUCUCCGUCGGAGCGAUCGGCGUUUUCCUUGCUGAAUCCAGUCUUCGGCCGAAGCAGAUUCUGAUCUCGCGCAGCAGGUCCAGCCACGCGGAUCGUGUCAUGACAGUCAUAAGGUCUUGCAAGUGGGCGG